AUGGAUGAGAAUGGAAUAAUAACAAGAAAUAAGGCUAGACUUGUUGCUAAAGGCUACAACCAGGAGGAAGAUAUCCAAGAUGAGGUUUAUGUUAGUCAAACUCCAGGAUUUGAGGAUCCUGCUUUUCCAAACCAUGUUUAUAAACUAACAAAAGCUCUCUAUGGAUUGAAACAUGCUCCAAGAGCUUGUGGUAGAACUCCUUCUCCUCAACCUACUUCCCCUCCUGCAAAAAGAGUUCCUAUACCCACUCAUAAGGUGUUGGCAAAGGAUAAAGGGAAAGCCAUUGCCACUGACCAAGGAAAAACCAAAAAGAGGAAGGUUCCUCAAACAGAAAAGCUGAUGGGUGAUGCCAUGAAGGGGCCAACCCAAAAGAAGAAGAAAACCACCUCUUCCCCUCAGCCAAAGAAGCCUCAACCUCCCAAAGGCAAACCUAUUGAGGACAUUUGCAUUCCUAAAGAGGAAAAUCCAUGA